GCAGAGCACUGAGCAGGGCGAUUUGUUUUGACAGCUAAAAAAUUUUUGGUAAAACUUUAGCUGCUUGCUGCAAUAAUUCUGAAAACUAGUCAGUUUAGUGUUAUUUAUGUUUUAAAGUCACGAACCAUUUUAUUAUUUUUAAGAAUAUUUAGUUAGCAUACAAUGAUAACGCUUAAUAGAAAGUUAAAAAAGGAACAUACGGAGACGACCAAUGGGGUUAAAAUUGAACCUAUAAAAAGAAUAUCGGUUAGAGACAAGUUAUUGGUGAAAGAAGUACAAGAAAUGAACGAAAAUCUUCCUGCAACGUGUUCUGUAAAUUUUGAGGAUCCUAAUGUUUUAAACGAAUUUAUUUUAACUGUAGCCCCUGAUGAGGGAUAUUGGUCUGGAGGAAAAUUUAAAUUUAGUGUAUUUGUUACAGAAGAUUAUAAUAUGGCUCCACCAAGAGUAAAAUGUUUAACUAGACUGUGGCAUCCCAAUAUUAAUUUGGAUGGGGAAAUAUGUUUAUCAUUGCUUCGUCAAACAUCUAUAGAUGAACAUGGUUGGGCACCAACGAGACGGCUCAAGGAUGUUGUUUGGGGUCUGAAUUCAUUAUUUACUGACUUAUUAAAUUUUGAAGAUCCAUUAAACAUAGAAGCGGCAGAAAUGUACAAAGUGAAUAAAAUCGAGUUUCAAUCGAAGGUCGUAGAGUAUAUUGCAGUUUCGAAAGGCAAGAGAUGAGAAAUGUUCUCCCCCGUCAAUGUUAAUAACAAUCUUUAGCUAUUAUAGAGGACUCACUACAUCCACAGAUUUUAACGUAUAUCGUUAGACAUAGUGUAAUUAAUACUCCAAAACAGUGAUAACUUUAAACUAUGUAAAAUUAUAAAUAAUAACUAUUGACCUGUACAUAUUAUUUGUUGGUGUUCUUUGUAUUUCCAUCGAGAACUGACUAGGUAAUAAAGUAAGUUAUAAAUCUAAAUGUUUGAUGUAAUAUUUCACUCGUACAAGAGCAUAGCAAUGAUAUUAUGCAACAGAGAUAGAUUAAAUCUGAAGCAAUUCGCUCAAUCAAUUAUAAUAUUGUAGAUAGGAAAAACUUCCAUUAACAUUGCUGAUUUGCAAGUUAAUUUGUCUGUUUUUUUCAAUUUGCACCUGGUAUGUGUUUAAAUCGACAUAAUUAAUUGUUCUAUUUAUUUAUGGUGAUAAUGAUAUUAUAAUUAUUUAUAAAGAUCUGUAUUGGAGUACAAAGGUUAAUGCUUAGUAACCCUAUUAGAAUGCUGUUUGGAACAAACCUGCAAGUAUUUUGUUUUAAUUUAUUUUGUCUGAAUGAAUAUUACUAAAUUUUAUAUUUUAAAACAACAUAUGCACAAAUAAACCAUCGGACUAAUAAGUAACAAUAUCUGCAUAAAGACAGUAACAAUUAAAUUUAUAUCAUGAAAAUCAACAGAGUAUCGAGAUAAUUCAACUGCUUAACUUGGCUUAGUCUAAACAUUUUUAAACUUUCAUUGUGUCAUUUGAACAGAGCCAUGUGCACUCUUAAAUGCCGUCUAUAUGUUUAGGCUUAAAAACAUUGUUUGAUUAAGAGGUUGUGACAUGGCGGCAAGAUUUUUCACUGUCUGUCAUUUUUGUCCCCCUUUGGUAUCCUUUUUAAUAUUGGGUUGUAACUGAUGGAGGCACGACAUCUGGUGGCUAAAAUAGAAUGUAAAGUACAUCUUCUCUUAUUUACUUAAUUAAUUAAAAACAAUUGUGCAGCUCUAAACACUUUAUAAUUUUUUUCCCACAUUAUUUAAUUACAUAGCAGGCCGGUUUUAUAAGCCCAUUCUAAUAAUGCUAAGGUUAUGUUAUUUUCGAAAAUUGUAACUUUUGUCGGUCCAAAUGUUUUAUUAUUUAUUUACCAAUAAUGUAUUUCAAAAUACAUUACUAAGGAAAGCUUAUAUUAUUUCUAGAAUUUCUUUCAGCCACCAUAGAAUGUGAGUAAUA